AUGUGUGGGAUAGCGUUGAUUGUAUCUGGAAUUGAUGUUGAUUUAUCUUGUUUAUUCCCCAACUUCGAUUGCCCAUCUCCACUGUCUCCUUCACAGACGUCGCUAUUCUCAGAGGAGGACAUAAGGGCGGCCCUGCAAAGAAGGGGCCCUGAUAGUUUAGGAACUCAUACCGUCAAUGUCUGUUCAAAUUUUUUCAACGGUCAGCAGAAACAUUUCUUGGUCCAGUCUAUUGCUCAAAAAGAAUUUGAAGGGGCGACAGAAAAUGGCCGUGAAAAUAAUUUGCAGGGGAAGUUGCGAUUUAUUGGCGCAACACUGCAACUUAGAGGAGAUAGUCCAGUUUCUCAGCCUGUGACCGAUGCAUUCGGCAAUGUUCUUGUUUAUAAUGGUGAAAUAUAUGGAGGGAUUCAUAUUGGUAGUGACAGCAGUGACACGCAGGUCCUCAUGAAGUCUCUGGGACAGUGUUGCUCAUGUACUUACCAUGGAGAGAGAAAGCUUUCUACCUGUUCCGGAGAAAAUAAUAAAACUGUUCCAGAACUUUUAUCAAGUAUCAAGGGUCCAUGGGCUUUGAUUUAUUGGCAGGAUAGCACAAAAACAUUGUGGUUUGGCCGAGAUGCAUUUGGAAGGCGAAGUCUUCUUGUUCAUUGGCCAACACACCUUGAUCCUCGGCUACUGCUGUCCUCUGUGUCUCCACUUUCUUCAAUCCUUCAGCAUUUUGAUAUUGAUGAUGAGAAAGGGAAAGUUGAAGUGAAUUUCUGGGACGAGUUGCCGUGUGGUGUUUAUAGCAUCUCAAUGUCUCCCAUGAAACCUGAUGGACAUGUUAUCGGGAAAGUCAAAAAACACGAGUGGACUGAUUCAGGUCUAAAAGAUUUGGUGACAUGGGAGAGAACUUGCAUCCAACCUAAAUCCAAGAGUUUAAAUGCUACUAGCUUCAGAAAUGCACAGACCAUGGAAGAAAGCACAUUUUCAGAUUUCGAAUUUGAAUUAGAGUCUGUAAAAAGUACACUUUUGGCCCCAUCUCAUAAAGUGAUGAUGGCUCUGAGAGAAUCCAUAAUGCGGCGAACCACUUUAAAUAGAGUCUACAAGGACUUUCUUAAGAGGCAUAGAAAAGAAAGACAUGCUCCUAUAGCGGUGCUUUUUUCUGGAGGUUUAGAUUCUAUGAUCAUAGCUGCAUUGCUGCAUCAGUGUGUUGAUUCUGAAUAUGACGUUGAUUUGCUUAACGUCAGCUUUGAUGGAGAUUCAGCUCCUGAUAGAGUUUCAGGGAGGGCUGGAUUGAAGGAACUCCAGAAAAUUGCACCGUCAAGGAGGUGGAACCUUAUUGAAAUUGAUGCUGAUUUACUGAAGUUGACCUCUGAAACAAAACAUGUCAUGGCACUUAUAAAUCCUUCUAAAACCUACAUGGACCUAAAUAUAGGCAUAGCAUUAUGGCUAGCUGCUGGAGGAGAUGGUUGGCUUUAUCAUGCCGAGUGCGAACGUGUCAAGUACAAGUCCACAGCCAGGAUUCUCCUGGUGGGUUCUGGUGCCGAUGAACAAUGUGCAGGAUAUGGUCGACAUAAGACAAAAUUUAGAAAUAAAAGUUGGCUCGGGCUCCAUGAUGAAAUGAAACUAGACAUGCAAAGAAUUUGGAAGAGGAACCUAGGGAGAGAUGAUAGGUGCCUAGCCGACAAUGCAAAGGAGGCAAGGUUUCCGUUUUUGGAUGAAGAUGUCAUAAGGACAUUGCUUGAUAUACCUCUGUGGGAGAUUGCGGAUCUCGAUCAACCUAGUGGAGUUGGUGAUAAGAAGGUUCUAAGGGAGGUUGCAAGAUUACUUGGUCUGAAUGUAGCGGCUUGUCUGCCCAAGAGGGCAAUUCAGUUCGGGUCUAGAAUCGCGAGGGAGUCGAACAAGAAGAAUUUCGGAAGUAAUCGAGCAGCAAACCAAGCCUCUGCUGGGAGUGUGGUCAUUUAUGGGUCAUCAAAUAAUAACACCUCUGUUGCCUGA